GCCGUGCUCGAUCCCGAUCUCCGGUCUGUCUAUUCAUUUUGCUGCGUUGGUGUGUGAUACCGCGAGACCUCGGGGCCCGUGCGACGAGGCUGACCCAAACCUGUUCCCCCAAGGUCUAUCUAUAUCUAAUCAUUUUGCUCAGAAUUUGCUGCCUUGGUGUCCGUCGCUGUCCGAUGCCUGGCCGCGACUCAGUUCACCAGGGGGGAGUGAUGGAGAUAGAAAUUGAACCUGAUCCCUACAUGUCGUCGAAAGACUUGGAGGCAUUCCUGUCCUCUUUUAUCUACCACUACAGCGACACACUCGUCAAGAAUGCCGCUCCUCGCGUUGGCUUCGCUCGCGUCGGUGCGGAGCUGCUGCCCAAUUCUCGUUACUCAAUGCGAGCCCCUAGCGUCGAAAGGUCGUUAGAACUGUUUUGCAACGACAUUUCUGCGCAGUACUCUUGUCCUCUCUGCAAGCGGCUGAUGCUCGAUGCAAGUACCUUGAAUGCUUGCGGGCACACUUUCUGUGGCCCCUGUGUUCAGAGGAGAGUCCUCUCCAGAAGAAGUCCUAAUUGUCCAUUGCCGGGCUGCCACAAAUACUGUCAAAAAGGUAAUGUUUUUUCUCCGGCGAGGGACUAUCGGGAGUUCUUAUGGGGGUUGAGAGUGAAAUGCCCCUUUUCUUUGAGUUACGAUAUCUGUUCCAAUCGUUUCCUUCCGGCCAACGCUACUUCGAGGAGCAGUGGAAGAAGCGAGGAGGAGGAGGAGGAGAAGGAGGAGAAGGAGGAGAUGGACAAGCGAGCUGCUGCUGAUUCGAGAAGGCGAGCCUGCUCUGAAGUUAUGGUUCUACGCAAUCUGGAGAAGCACGUGCGAAUCUGUGCGUACCGUCCUGUCCACUGUUCGUUUGAGAAAGAUGGAUGUGAAGCCGUUGUUCUGUCUCGCUAUCGCGCACUGCACGAGAUGUCUUGCCGGUUUGACGUCAACACACCGCUGUGCGAGACGUGUGGGUAUCGAGUAGGGGCGACUGACUCGAAGGAGAGCCAUCUUGCGAACAAGUGCCUUCGGCCGUGUCCGUACUCGGCAUCGGGUUGCAGCCGAAGGAUAGACUAUGCUGACCUGGAUGCCCACGUUGCCACGUGCUCUUUCAGAAACGGCAGUCCUCCGCCAGCUGUCGCUAGGCAACGACCUGAUGGGUCUCCUCCUGACCAGCCUGCUGCUACCCUCCGUCACGACUCCCCUGCCUCGUCCUCCGUGUUGCCCGACUCCCGACCCGAUCCCGUCGUCGACAGCAGUCCGGAUCUGCGUCGGCCUGGUCCCUAUCCGCCUGGCCCCCAGCCUCCUCCAAAUUCUCUUCCUCCUGGUAAACCUUUGUGUAGCCCGAAAUUCAAACCCAGCCCAGACAAGCCAGACAAGGACCUCGGGAGGUGGUGCGGCUGCAGCCCGUACCCCAAACGACGACCAGCUGUUCAGAAGGAGCAGAAGGAAAAACCGCCCUCACCCUCUCCCUCUCCCAACUCCAACUCCAACAGCACCAAAACCGACCGCGCCAAGAGUUUUAAGUCCGAUUCCGGCAAGGGUGGCGGAUCCAUGACGAACGAAUAUGUGCUGAAAUGCCCCUGCUGCGAAGUCCGCGUCCUGAAGUUCGUUUGCUGGUAGUCGGAAAAAAAGCGAAUUAUAGGAAAAAGUCCGAAAAACAAACUCCCCAUUUGUUG